AUGGCAUCCUCUACAGCGGGUUUACGGGGAAGUUUUGCACCGGUAAAGGAGCCUCAAACACACAAGAAAAACCAGGACAUGACUCCUCAAAGUGAGUCGACGAGGCUUGAAUCAGCAGGCGCCUUUGUUGAAUACGUCGGGUCGGACAAACUCAAGGACAAGAAGGUGCUAAUUACUGGCGGCGAUUCAGGAAUUGGCCGUUCGGCAGCUGUUCUCAUGGCCCGAGAAGUUGCAGAAGACCUGAUGGAUAAUGACAAUUGCAAACGCGCUAUCGAUUCGCACAUCAAAGAAUUCUCCACCGUCGAUGUUCUAAUCAAUAAUGCAUCGAAACAGAUAAUGUGUGAAAAUUUCGAUGAUAUUUCUCUUGCCAAUUUCGAAAGCACCUUUCGAAGUAAUAUUCUUCAGAUCUUCGCCAUUACAAAAUAUGCUCUUCCGCAUAUGAAGAAAGGCAGUUCAAUUAUCAACACUACAUCAGUAGUCGCCUUCCGUGGGACAAGUUCCAUGGUAGACUAUGCAUCUACCAAGGCCGCGAUUGUCGGGUUCACCCGUUCCCUAUCAAAAAAUCUCAUCCCAAAGGGUAUUCGUGUUAAUGCAGUAGCGCCCGGACCAGCUCACACACCCAUUCAGCCCGAUAGCCGCCCACCGGAACAGAUGAAGGGCUUCGGCUCUGGUUCGAUGCUUGGCCGACCAGGCCAGCUGAGUGAAAUUGCCCCAUCAUUUAUAUUAUUGGCAAGUGCGGAGGGUACUCUUUACAGCAGACAGGUUUUACACCCCUAUCCCUUUGGAGAUUAG